UCACAGGCAUGGACGAUCGUGGCGAUAAAUUGGCCCGUUAAUGGUCAUCAGUCGAAGACGACGCAAAGAAAUCGAAUGGAGAAAUGGUUUAACGGCAGCAAAUUGUGGCUCUUUGGGAACCAAGUCAAUUUGCUUCCGAAACGAUCCGCCACGCCGAACAAGCUGAUGGAGAGAUACGAAAAGUUAUGCAAACUCGGCGAAGGGAGCUACGGAGUUGUCUAUAAGUGCAAGAAUCGAGACAGUGGUGAAAUAGUCGCCAUAAAAAAGUUCACGGAAAGCGAGGAGGAUCCGAUGAUAAGAAAAAUCGCGCUUAGAGAAAUUCGACUUCUGAAGAAUUUGAAACAUCCGAAUUUGGUCAAUUUGCUGGAAGUAUUUAGGCGCAAGCGUAGGCUGCAUUUGGUAUUCGAAUACUGCGAGAGGACGGUGCUGAACGAACUGGAGAAAUACCUGCAGGGAUGUCCCGACCUGCUUACGCAGCAGAUAAUAUGGCAGACGCUCCAAGGGGUGGCUUACUGUCACCAGCACGGUUGCAUUCACAGGGAUAUUAAACCGGAGAAUAUCUUGCUAACCGGUGACGGCGUGGUUAAACUUUGUGAUUUCGGAUUCGCCAGAAUGUUGAGCCCCGGCGAAAAUUAUACGGAUUACGUAGCCACAAGGUGGUACCGGGCACCGGAGCUUUUGGUGGGCGAUACCCAAUACGGAACUCCAGUCGAUGUAUGGGCGAUAGGAUGCGUUAUGGCUGAAUUAAUCAAAGGGGAGGCCCUCUGGCCUGGAAAAUCAGACGUGGAUCAACUCUACAUAAUCAGUUGCACAGUUGGGGAACUUCUGCCGAGACAUAUGCAGGUUUUUAAAACCAACGAUUUCUUUCAAGGCGUCAUCUUGCCGGUUCCUCAAGAAAUUUGUUCGUUGGAGACCAAGUUGCCCAUGUGCAACCCCACCACCAUAGAUUUUUUGAAGAAAUGUCUGGACAAAGAUCCUUCCAAAAGGUGGACGUGCACCGAGCUGAUGAAUCACGAAUAUUUUGAUAAAUUCAGCCUUAAGGUCGAGCAACAAGGGAGCCCCAACAGGGAGAAAACAUCACCAAAAGAACGCUUAAAGCGUUUCAGUAAUAAUGGAUCGAUGUCAUUGCCUCAGCUACCGGUUGGACCUAAGCCGUUGAGCCCAAUCAAACAAUCCACAGAAAAUCAACAAAAAUCUCAACUGGACCACCUGCCAACUAUAUGACAAAGAUUUAGAUUUUUUAAAUAAUCAUUAUUAUCACAUGAUUAUUUUUUCUACCUGAACAAAACGCAAAUUGCAAGCUUUACUAUCUUAAAAUUGUGUACAUGACUGUUGAUAGAUUUAGAAAUUGUUAAUAUUUUUAAUAAAAAAUUAUAAUUUUUAUAAGGCAUAAAAAUACAACUGCU